GGGUCUAAAAUUAAACUAAGAUUAAACGUUAAUGAUAUUCGAAGUUUCGAACGAAGAAUAUAAUAUAUAGACUCACUGAAAUUCAAAUAAUAUCUCUCUCUCUCACUAUCAUCAUUAACUUCGGCAAAGCUUUCGCUUUCUUAUUUAUGGCAAUUUCUUACAUCGAUCCUUUAGUUUAGUCUCUCUCUCCCCCUUUGUCGAUUCAGACACAGAGAGGAGAGAGAGACAAACAAAAUGAGACUUUUGUUGAUCAUGGGACAAGAGAGACUUGACGACGAAGAGAGACCCGAGUCACCUGAUCUUCACGUCUACGGUGGUACACCGUCUCAUUCGCCGCGUCUAGGCCCGAUCCGGUGUUCUGCAUUCGCCGGAGACCUGAUCAAUCCAAAACAAACGAUAAAGCGAGGGAACAAGAAGAGAAUACGAGCUUGUUCCGAGAGAGGAACGGCUAAAGCAGCCAUUGGCGUUAUCGCAAUUUUGGGUUUCUUUUGCCUCAUUAAUUGGUUUAUGCUCUCUCGCCUUCACGAAGGUCGUGUCUGGCUUCGAAGAGGACUCUCUAAGAACCCUAACCGGAACCCAAAACUGAUUCUCUCACAGAAGGAAGAGCGUAAAAGGUUUGAAAAAUCAAAGAGGAAAUAUAAUGGAACAUAUGGUCGGAUGUUGAGUUUGGCUGCUCAUGCUUUGGGAGAG